UUGGAGUUAUGGUCCAUUCUUCCGUUUUCCGAUGAUGAAACAGAAGUCAACCCGUCUCCUUUGGACGACAACUUGGUCGAAGUAGUGUUAAAAGCGGAGACACCGCUUGCCAAAAAGAGAGACUCCAAGUGUCUGAUGCAUAGCUGUUUUGACAUAUUUCGAUGUGGGGUGAAUGAAAACAAACUUAUAUCUGUCUAUGUUUAUCCUUACAUCCGCUUUUUGCACGAGAAUGGGCAUGCUGUCAACAAGGAAAUGUCUCAGGAAUUUUAUGAACUUCUCGCAGCCAUAGUAAACAGCAGGUACUACACUUCUGAUAUGAAUAGUGCCUGUAUUAUAAUUCCUUCGAUAGACACCUUGAACCAAAAUCGUCUAGAUGUCAAAGGCAUCGCCAGAAUCCUUUCUGGGCUUCCCAGGUAAGUUUCACUCCGUAAAGACUGAUAAUAAGUGAAACAAAAAUACAGUGAAACCUCUAUUAAGCGGACACCUUCGGGACCUUCCCAAGUGUUUGCUUAGUAGAGGGUGUCCGCUUAAUAGAGGUUGUAAAAGUUGCGCAAAUUACGUUUGUUAACGAUCAGUUGUACUGUGAUAAAGUUGCAUGUGGUUAAAGAAGCUAUCCAGAGUUCAAGCUCCAUUACCUUUGAUUACUAACUUUAAUUUGUUUCAAAAGUAGGUUGGGUUUGAUCGUCCAGGUGAACGUAGUCCUGAAUAGGACUAUUGUUGUUGACAGUGACUGAUGUUUCGACAGCCUGUGCGGUAGUCAUCUUCAGAGUCAAAGUGAGUUGUAUCAUGUCAGUUGAUGGUAUUAUACUCUGGUAAUUGAUCUGAUUGGUCAAUUAGGUCGUGAUGUUAUUGGUCGUCUGUCAGUUAAGCCGUGGUGUUAUUGGCUAUGAAGACUCAUAAUCAGUAAUUGGUGCAUUUCGAUCCCUCCAUUGUCACAGUUAAACAGUUGUUGUUAGUCAAAUUGUCAGUUCUCCAUUCGUUCUCUCGUAAAUAGUUUUGCUUAAUCUCGUCAAUAAGUCAUUUGUAUGGUGCUGGUAACUGUUGGCUACGAUUCAGUGGCGUUUGUUCUAAGUUAGUAAACCAGCUUUUUAAACUAAGUCAUUGAUAGUAGUUUGUAGAAUACGUCAUACAUGUCGCAGAGUCCCAGUCAAUUUGAUGUUUCGUCUGUAAAUGGUGUUCAGCAAUGUGAUUGUUGACGUCACCAUUCCUCGUCGCUCAUUUGUGUUCGGUCAGUUGCAUGCUAAGGUUUCUGCCGGUUUCACCAACGUAAGAAGCCUGGCAGUCACAGCAUUUUGAUUUUUUAUACUGCUCCCUGUCUGUUCUCUGGUUUGUCUUUGUCCUUGAGAUUAGUAAGCAGUCAUCGUGUAAUGUUUAUUGGUUUGUGUGCAACACGUAUAUUGUAAGGUUGUAACAUACGUCCGAUAGUUUCAGAGGUGCCUCUGAUGUACGGUAUAGUUGCUGUCUAAACAGGGCCAGAGUUGACGUUGAUCUCAGUGUUAGAAUCAGAAUCAAAAUCAGGAUCAAGCUGCAGGGUCCAAAAUUGCGCCUUCCUGGUCGCCAGUGCGACUAAAAAUUCAGUUCUGACAACCAGGAUUUCAUAACUGGUCGCCAGCUAGCGACUUGAAGGGCUGGUUGUUUAUUGUAGACUUUCACGUUCGGAUAAAAUUGUUAAGAAUUGAAACCUCAAAGCUAUUUGCCAACAGGUGUCUUACUUUUUGUCCUGCUGAUAUUUUUUAAUUAAAAGUGAAAUGAAUCUUCCUGUAAAUGUACCUCCACAACAGCUAUGAUCAAUACGAGUUGAACAUUUCCAAGCUGCCAUUUUGUUUGUAGCUGAACUACGGUAAGUAUGUUAUGUAUGUGGAAUUCUACUGUACCCAUAUGCUACAAGUAAUGUGGCACUGUUGUGGCACUAGUACGAGCAACAUGGCGGUUUGACUCGUGACUCCUGUUUAUGUUUCGUGUUUUGUAGUUAUCGGAAGAAAAUAGAGCUUUGAUAUGAUAAAUGCAGUCAUGGGCAGAUAGCUUUCUGUUCCGACAUUCCACGUCAGAUAGCUUUAUAUCUUCAAAAAGUAAUUUGUGAAAAUAAAUAAAUAAAUAAAUAAAUAAAUAAGGGUUUACUUGUACACGUACAGUUGUUUUCUGGUAUUUGGAGCCGAAGUAGAGCAAUUUUUGAGCAUAAAAAUGUCCAUACCAUGCAUUUUUCAUUCAUGUUUAAACUUUUAUUUAAAAAAAAAGGGAGGGGAAAUUUUUGGCGACCACAAUUUGCCCUCUGGCAACCAAAAAUUUAUAUUUGCUCGCCAGUUGGCGCCCAUAUUGAAAAGUUAAAUUCGAACCCUGAGCUGGUUUACUAACUUAGAACAAACGCCACUGAAUCAUAGCCAAUGGCUACCAGCACCGUACAAACGACUUAUUGAUAAGAUUAGGCAAAACUAACUAUGAGAGAAUGACUGGAGAACUGACAAUUUGACUAACAAUAGAUGAAUGUUUAUCUGUGACAUAAGACAGAUCAAAAUGCACCAAUAAUUACUGAUUACAUACAUAGAUUCAUACAUAGCCAAUUAUAUCAGGGCUUAACUGACAGACAACUAAUGACAUCGCAAUGUAAUUGACCAAUCAGAUCAAUAACCAGAGUAUAAUACCAUCAACUGACGUGAUACAACUCACUUUGACUCUGAAGAUGACAACCGCACAGGUUGUCGAAAUGUCGGUCACUGUCAACAACAACAGUCCUAUUCAGGACUACGUUCACCCAGAAGAUCAAACUCGACCUACCGUAUUUCUUCACCUAUAAGCCGAGCGAUUUUUUCGGUUUUCGACCCAAAAUCUUGGGAGAUUUUUCACGGAGAACGGGGUUCGGCUUGUAGCCGAGGGUUUUACAUUUUAAAAAUAUACAGUCGCUGAAUAACUUUACCCCCCCGGCUUGUAGUCAAGUUAGCAAUGAAGCAGAAGUAAUAAAACACAACAAAAAUAACUUUUGAAUAUUGGUUAUUCACUUUUAUGAAAUUGGUGGCUCCUAAAGGAGCCGUUUGACGGAUAUGUGCAAGGGCUUUCAACCCAAUAGUUUACUCGCCAUCCGUUUCGUUUUCGCUGUCUGUCUCAAACUAGUUCUCUUCUAUGUCUUCAUCGUCUACUUUUGAAAUGACUCCUGGGCUCAAACCUUUCACAGUUUUAAUUAUUUGUUUGUAAAUGCAAAAACAUUAACUGACUUCAGCCCAUAUUUCAAGGAUGUAAUCCAAUGCUACUAUUGUCAAUUCAGUCCGGUGUCUGCUUAAUAGAGGUUAUUAACAAUAGAAAUUAGCCAAAUACACCUUAUUCUAGAGUCCACGUCCACUUAAUAGAGGUGUCCGCUGAAGAGGGGUUUGUUAUAAAGGGAAAUAUAAGACGUUAAUUUCGGGACCCGGCCUAGUGUCUGCUUAAUAGAGGAUGUCCUCUUAAUUGGGGCUCCGCUUAAUAGAGGUCUUACUGUAAUAGUAAAAGAAACUGCAGAUAUUGCUCCAAAUGUAACCAGGGUUCAAGUUUUGCCUAGAAUAUUAAUGUACUAGUCAAUUCCGAAACUGCCCAUUCCCCUGGCCGAACUGUUCGAGACAUGGUGAUAACACUCGCAACGUGAACUCAUCCAUUUACAGUAUUUCCUAACAGCCACUCUUGGCUUGAUUCAAGUGAUCAGGAGAAAUGCUCCAUAGAACACAGAGGCUGGCUCCUUUUGAUUCCUAAUGUUGAUAUAAUGUAAGAAUAAAGAUAAAAACUAUGAUAAUUUCUGGACCUCGUAGUGGAUCUUGCUCUGUGAGUUAUCCAGGCCUCUUGGCGAAGUUUUAUAUAUAAAUUAAACAUAAUUUUUAUAUAAAGAUAUAAAUUCUAGUCUCUCCUUUUGAAUUUUUGUGGUUUUUUAAGUCACUGAAGCUGCCCCUCCUACUUAUACUUAUUAUUAUGUUGCGCAUGACAUCACAAUGCCUCAAAUGGUUCAGAAGGUCUUUAUGUGAUGUUAUUCACUAAAGAAUUUAUUUUAACCACCCUUCAACAAGGUAAUAUUAUCAGCAGUCAUUCACAUGCUUGUGUGCAGAAAUAGCUUGGUACCAAACGGGAGGGCACAUUUAGAUGUUGACUUUGAAACAUCCAAUUUUAUAGCUAGUUUAAGCUAAGUCUUUAAAAAGACCUAAAACUAGCUCUUAUGGUAACCUGAAAAUACAGCCAUGUUUCCUGCUCUGCACUGCUGGGGACACUUUGCAGAAAAGACAUCUGCACCUCAGUGACAGACAUUCCAUACUGAUUUCUGGAACCUGGUCAGGAGAAUGUAGUAGUUAUUUUAGCUGCAAGACUCAGAAAGUGCAAGCACUUCUUUUAUGUGUGUGUGUGUGUGUGUGUGUGUGUAUGUGUGUGUGUGUGUGUGUACUUGCCAAAAGGGAAUCAUGGUCCCAGGCAUUCCUAGCAAAGACCGUGGAAACCAGAAAUAAGAAUCACGAUGUGUCACAGCGCCAUGCUUUAUUUUGUGAAGAUAGCUUAGGAAAGAUUGAUGUGAAAGAUGUUGAGCCUUUCCAAAAUGGGUCGGUCCACAAAUUCUAUCGCCCUCAAGCAUUGAUUACUUUGGCGCAAGUGAAUACUUCAGUGAAAACUUUGAUGGUAAGGCUAUAAACUGGUCGGGUGUUGUAAACUUUCAUUGUAUGUAAAUGAGUCUUGUGAAGAGCAUGCAGUUUAUUUGUGCCAAUGAUUGAAAUGACACUCCAUGCUCAUCACGUUUUUGGUCCCUGGCAAUGAUGUAAUUUCUCUCAAAUUGAUUUUCAUGAAUUUAUACACGCUAUCUCAAUCAUCGUUGAAUAUGAUAUAAAAAGUAAAUGUCCUGAAGAAUACUCGACCGUCGAUAAAGUAGGAGGUGAAAAACUUUUAGUAAGGAAAUCCUGUUUCAUGUAUAAUUAUAUAGCUGUUAGUUAAUCUGAUUUUGUCAUAUUGUUAUGCAGUGUCCAAUUAAGGAUUAAUUUGGAUAGUUUCAGAUAGGACUUUCCCUUAGAAAUAGGCAAACUAUCCAAGUUAAGAAAGAUAGAGUUUAUGGUCUGAGCCAACCGAAUGCCAGAAAGUGCAAUACAAUUUGGAUUAAUUAACCAGCUAUGUCAUACUUGUCUAAUUUGGAGAUAAUUGAAUUCAAAAAAUCAGCUUUCCUUGGAAUUUUUUUCAUCCAAUCAUUGCAUGAUAUAUGACAAAUAUGAAUUAGUUGCCUCCUCUUUUCUUAUCUAAUCUCCAAGCAAGUGAGACUUAUUUAACACUUUUUAACAGCAUUCUUGUUCUCGCUUAAAAUGUCAGCUUAAGCAAAAAAAAUUGACACAGCAUUGUUUGUAAAGGUUUUCUCAAGUUUCAGCCAGGAAGGGAGGGUAAAUAAAGUAAACUUGAUGAGUUUUCCAAACUUUUUCAAUUCGUGCUUGUGUGAUUAGCAUGCGAAUUUAAGCAUAACAUCUUGACCUCACGACCAUGUUUACAUAUUCUCAUGCAAAGAUGCCUCAGCCAAUCAGAGAGUGCGUACUAUCUUAGUUAUUUUAUAAACUAUUUUAGCUAUUUACAAUGACAGACAAAAGACAAAAGGCCACAGAGAACAAAUCUAAACGUGAUGAGUCAACUGUUGUUUUUGAAAUGUACAUAAAAACUUCUUUAGGAAAAGGAUUUGAGUUUUGCUUAACCAUAAUAGACCAGGAGAAACAUUUACAUUUCAAUCCCCAUGACUACCAGAUUAAUUAUGUAAACAUUGAUUUUGUAUGUCAUCAGUGUGGAUUUUGUGUCAUGAAGGUACAGAUGUCACUAGUCUCUAGUGGCAAGGAGGGAGGAGAUCAGAGAUGGCUGGCUUUUAUCAUUACCAAGAUCUAUUUUUUUCUUUUUUAACAACAAUUAUGCUUAAUCUAAAUGACUGAGUCAAAAGAGUUAAGGAAAUGGUUACCGCGGAUAACAUCCUAACAUCCAUAGGAUGUUAGCACUUAUUUUAUUUGCAAUAGUGUUUAGACAGAUUUUUUUGUCCUUGUAGUUGGAAAGAUGAGGGCAAAAAUCACUUGCUGUUUAACAUGUUACCUGGCAACCCUCCUGAUUAUAACUCAUCACUGGAUAUUGCAACUGAUAAGGCAAUCAUGGCUGGUGGUGGAUUUGCCACAUGGAGCUUCAGACCUGGAUAUGAUAUAAGUAUUCCUGUAUACAAUGCUUUUACAAAGAAGAAGGGUCAUUCAUCAACUAAAAGG